GAGGAGCCUCGUCGUUCUCUGGACGGAAACGAGCUUCCUAAUGCUCGCUUCAUCAGUCUGAUAAUCACCGAAAACCUUGAUCAGACAGAACAGAAUUCAUACAGCGGCGUGACUGCCAUGUUAACGUACUUUUCCCAGUUUCUUAGCCAUGAAAUGAGUUUUGUUCCACAAUAUCAAGAACAAGUUUCUACAAACUAUGGCGUUGAACACAGAACUCCAAAGUGUUGUGGGGUGUACAAUCCUCACAAGGAAUGCUAUCCCAUCCAGGUGCUAUACCAAGAUCCCAAGUACACAGGUGGGGGCUGCAUGGAGUUUGUGAGGUCGUUAUCUGUUUCAUACACCAGUAGUGUGUGCCAUUUACAGCUACUGGGCAUUCAUCGAGAACAACUCGUCGUUUCAACAUCAUUUAUUGAUGCCUCGAAUAUAUACGGAAACUCCGAAGAGGUGGCGAGGAAACUAAGAACAGAAGAAGGAAAUGGAGCCAAGCUUCUAGUUGACAGCCACUCCUCGUACCUGUUACUGUUGCCCAGGGAUGUCAAAGAGUGUCGAAGUUCUGACAGAGGCUGUAACAAUCGAUGCUUUAUUGCUGGUGACACUAGAUCCACAUUGACUCCAGCUAUUUCUUCUCUACAUACCCUAUUUAUGAGAGAACACAACCGACUUGUUGAUCUUCUGGCUAACAAAGGCUGGGACUCUGAGACACUUUAUCAGGAAGUCAGAAAGAUUAUUGGAGCUAUGUUCCAGCACAUCGUUGACAAACACUACAAACCACUUAUACUCGGGGAGCACUAUGUGAAGGAAUAUGAUAAACCCUAUUUUGAAUAUGACGACACCAUAAAUCCUACAACGUAUAAUUCAUUUACAGCCGCAGCUUUUCGUCUACACAGCAUGGUCCACGACUGGAUAAAACGUAAAGACGUGCCAGUCGAGGGUGCUCCAAAUCUUGUACAUGAUUAUUUCCGGCAGGAUGAAUAUUGUGACCUAUCAACUGAUCCAGUUACGAGGGUCCUUAUCGGGAUAACUCAGCAAAGGGCCCAGAAAGUUGGCUAUUAUUUUGCUCACGAUAUGAGACACUAUUUAUUCUCGUCCUCUCGAAAUGUUCUUGGACAUGACAUCUUAGCAACUGACAUCCAACGUGGCCGAGACCACGGAUUACCUGGUUACGUCAAGUGGCGGGAAUGGUGCAAGCUUAAACCGGUCACGAAUAUCGAAGAACUUUAUAGUGAAAUGCUUUAUGGGGCUGUUGAGAAAUUACAGAUGAUAUAUAGACAUAUAGAAGACAUCGACCUGAUUGUUGGUGGGCUCAUUGAAAGACAUGUUCCAGGUGGUUUGGUAGGGCCAACGUUUGCCUGCCUAAUCGCUCGACAGUUCAAAACAAUGAAGUACGGAGACAGAUUUUGGUACGAGCAUCUGAACUUUCCAGGAGCAUUCACGCAAGCUCAAUUAAAUGAGAUUAAGAAAACGACGUUAGCUGCCCUUAUCUGUCGAAAUACUGAUGAGCAGUACAUCCAGCGCGAUGUCUUCCGUCCGGUGGGAAACAAUAACCCAUUACAACCCUGUCAAGUCAUCAACGCUGAAGCACAGCUGGAUCUUUCCCAUUGGGGUGCAUUAAUAUUGUAUUAAUAUUAGCUAUAGUUGCUUUCGUCAAAACACUGUGUGGAAUAACCACAAAGCUUUAAGCGUAACGUUUUACAAAUAUUUUAGUAUAUAUUGCAUAGAUAUUAUGUGUUGGUUCAG